CUUAAACAAAUCGUAUAUAUAGUUCGAGUGCACGUUUUGUGUGAAGGGCGUGGUUUCGCACGUUUCUCGUGGCGCAUUGUCAUAAAACAGUGAAGCGCGAAUGCCGAAGGCGAGAUAAAUACAAGAAGAUAAGCCGCCGAGCGAUCUUUCAGUGUUGCCUCCUAAUAUCGCGCGGUAGUGUCCGGCAAAAGGAUGAAGUUGCUAGUCGUAUCUCUAGUCUUUGUGGCGACGAUCACUAUUGCGAGAACGCAAACCAGAUACGCGACCAAACCAGGCGCGUGUCCACCUGCUUUACCUGUGCAGUUCUGCGGACGAUCCUGCUACAUUGACGCACAUUGCGCAGGAAACGGCAAAUGCUGUCCCACCCGAUGCGGCGGUUCUGUCUGCUCCAUGCCCGUCACGAUGACGCGACCUACCCAGACAGAGAAACCAGGAUCAUGCCCGUCAGUACCGACAGGGAGAUGGGUGUGCACAUCAGUUUGCAACAGCGACAACGAUUGCAAAGGGAACUUAAAAUGUUGCAAGAACAGAUGCGGAGCCCUAGCCUGUCAGAAGCCGGAAAUAGAAGCACCCAAAUCCGAUGAAAUUCCAGACGAACCGAUUGUCUCGCGCUUCGGAAACGAUUAUAUCGACUACUACCCCUAUAAUUCCUGAUUUUCACGCGCCCAUUACACUUAUAAUAACUAAUACACCUAGCACUGAUCUCAUAUAACGAUCACGUCACUGACAUAAUAAAUUAAUUUUAGUAAUAAUUUAAUUUUUUGCGAUUUUAACAUUAAAAAAUGUUUUCAAUUUUAUAUCUGAUCUAUUAAGAAUCUUUUCGUUUGUGAUUCUUGCGUGACACGCGACAAGAAAGUAGCAUGUAGCAUAUAUUUAGUGUCGUAAUAAAAAUGUAAUUCCCGCAAUUAUAUUUUUAUUGCAAGAAAUUGGCAGAGAUUAUUAAACUGUCGUAUACGUUAAUAAAAUCACUUGUAUAUA